AUGCUUCACUCACAGAUCCAGGUACCAGCGCAUGCUCCCGCGCAAUCCCAUGUAUACCAAACGAUGAAAACAUUGCCAUUCGACUGUCCUUCGUCAUUAAGGACUUACGAAGAUACACUAUUACAGAGGGAGACUUACUGCAAACUUUACCAAAAACUUUUAAUGAACGAACUAGGAGCCUGCCGUUCCAGGCUGUCGCCGGCCACUUUGAGACAUAGUGAACUCAGCGCAUUUCGCCCGCUAUCGGCGGAUACAAACCAGAAGUACAUUUCACCUGUCUGUCCCAGUAGCCUUUCUGCCUUGCGGUUUCAAUGUGAAUCCAAAGGAAACUUCGGCGGAGAAGCUGUCCAGAACUCUAUAUCCAAUCCACAGAUUGUUUCAGAUAUUCUCAUUUCCGCAAUGUCUCCACAAACACUGACUUCCUCUCCACAUUUCCAUCCCAAUGAUUCCCCAGCUGCUGGCGAGUGGUUGAAUGAGAGAGCAGAACUGUUACGUCGAUUAGCAAAUAUGCAUGAUGGACCAUCAACUACAGGGGAUUUGGAAACUGUGCAACAGAUCGCUAGAUUUAUCUACCAAACACAGUUGGCCAAACUUCAUUCUCAUCAGAACGAGUCGGACAAAAAGGAUUUCGAUGGCUGCAUUGACUUAUCAUUGGCCGGAAGACGCCAUACGAGUCCGGAGGUCCCAACAUCCGACUAUGGUAUGCCUCGGUUACAGCCAAGUGCAUGUUCCCCUUGCCAGACUCCUCUUACCAAGACAGUCCGACUACCUCAAAUGUUGCAGCUCGAAUUUCCGGGGACUCAAAGUACUCCGUCCAGAAUACACGGGAUCGCAAAUAACUUGUCACCAAGUCAAAAUCGGCCAAAUUCGAUGGAGUAUGAAGGCAGUACAGCGGAAUUGUCAGGUGUCAAGAUGGAGCCGAAUAGGGAGAGUCAGUGUCAGGUCAGUAACAUGUCGUUUCCAAGUUCUGGCUCGGUUGGGCGUGGAAAGAGCCGAAAAUCCGGUUUUCAGGCCGGAGUUACCGUCGGCUACACCUACGAUGCGUUCUUCAUCUCUGACGGCCGAUCAAGACGACGCGGAAAAAGAAAGAGCCAGAUGAGCGGUCGCAAACCACGCACUGAAUCUGGAAUGAUGAGUUGGAGUUCUUCAUCUGGACAUUCAGGUUCAUCAGUGACGGGAUCCUCAAGUGACGGUACGCUAGAACAUCUAUCUCUAAAAACAAGUCCAUUUCCUACAACCCACUCGACGCCGAACAAUCAAAUUCUGUUGACUGCAGUUAGCCCUUUGACAGAACAUUCCAGCCAAAGGUACAACUGUCCGGAUUGUGGUAAGAGCUACGCGACAUCCUCCAACCUCAGCAGACAUAAACAAACUCAUCGAAGUCUUGACAGUCAGGCAGCCAGAAAAUGCCCCCACUGUGGCAAGGCCUACGUUUCCAUGCCCGCGCUUUCAAUGCAUAUACUCACACACGACCUUAAGCAUCAGUGCGAUUUGUGUGGGAAAGCAUUCAGCCGGCCCUGGUUGUUACAAGGUCAUCGGAGAGCACAUACUGGUGAAAAGCCUUAUGGGUGCGCACACUGUGGACGAGCAUUUGCUGACCGAUCUAACCUGCGUGCUCACAUGCAGACCCAUUCAAACUUGAAGCAGUACGAGUGCAAACACUGUCACAAGAACUUCGCCCUAAAAUCCUACCUGAACAAGCAUCUUGAAUCAUCUUGUACCGACCGAGAACCCGACGAUUCACCAAAUCAAGUUGAUGAAACCGGACUCGGAGUUACCGCCAGUCCCAUGGGGAACUCCUACAAUGCCUGUUCCGAUCUUGCAUGGGGCGUAAGCAAGAUUAUAUCCGAUGACAGCUGA